GAUUCAUUGGCUGACCGGACAUCGCUAUAUUGCUCGGGUGGUCUGCUCUGGUUUAUCCUAUAUAGGUCACCGCACCCGUCAAAUCACUAAUUAACACGACUAGCAGCAGCUAUGGCACAAGCGAAAAUUAACGCUAAAAUGAACGAUGCAUCUAAAGGCAAAUUCAGCCGAACGCUUUCGAUGGCGGACCGGUCCGGACGAUUACUGGAAAGUCUGGAUCAGAUUGAGACGAGGGUGGAGGCUCUUCGCGAGGAAGCCACUGCUAUGGAGCAGGAGAGAGAGUGCUUAAUUGAGAUGAUCCAGUGCAUACAAAACAGCCAAGAAAUGAGGAGCGUUUGUGACGGGGAAAGGGAAGAGCUCUCUCUGACCGCCUCUAGACUCCUGGGCAGGACCUUAACGGUGAGCAUUUCUGUGGAUACGAUCCGAAACGACCAGCAGGAAGAGGCCUUGAAGAAAGCCACGGCCAUCAUCGAUGAGAUUGCUGGUAAAGUGCUGGAGGACAUGGAGGGGGCCAGAAAGCGUCUGCAGGCCCUUCACGCCGCGUGUGUGACCGACGCGCCUCCUGUGCCUCUGGAUCAGAAGUUUCAGAGCGUCGUGAUCAGCUGCGCCUUGGAGGACCAGAAGAAGAUCAAGAGGCGCCUCGAGACCCUCAUCAGGAACAUGCACAAUGCGGAGAAAACCAUUAAAAUUAUGGAUAACCAGAAAGUUGAUCAUUCCAGUCUUACCAAUGGCAAAUAGAGGCGGAGGGACUGACGAGCGCCACACGUGCCUUUCCCUGAUAGCACACGUACAUCACAGAGACAUCUGCAUUUACAUCUGCAAUACUAAUACUAUCUGCAGAACUGCUCAUCUGCAAUUGCAGACGUCUGUUAAAGGAUAGCACACGCACGUCUUCAAGAUGUCUGUUAAAGAUCACUCGAUCUGGAAAGCAUCUGCUGUGUACAAACAUCUGGCAGACAUCUGUAAGAUGUCAGUUUUACUUACAUUCUAAAUUAUGAACAUCUAAAAGGAAACGUCCUAUAGACGUAUUGCAGAUGAGCAAACACUAAAAAAAUACAUCUUGCAGAUGUCAAAUAGAUGUCUCCGUGAUGUAUGUGUGCUAUCAGGGACAUAACUGAUAAAUGUGACCCUGGACCACAAAACCAGUCAUGAGGGUCAAUUGUUUUGAAAUCGAGAUUCAUACAUGAUCUGAAAAAUAUUAAGCUUUUCAUUGAUGUAUGGAUUGUUAGGACAAUAUUUGGCCGAGAUACAAAUAUUUGAAAAUCUGGAAUCUGAGGGUGCAA